CGCCACCACAGUAUUCCCGGGUGUGACUCCCUCCGGCUGGGACGAUAUCAGGGGCCAGUAUAAGACCUGGGGAAUGCUUGACACGCUUUCAGUGUCCAUUCCGUUUUCCUCACUGAAGGCAUGAGCAACCCGUUCAACAUCACGGAUAACCUUCAUCACGAUGUGUACUCAGCAAUUGACCCGCGAGGUGUCUUAAAGGACUCUUGUCAAGGAAAGUCGGUGCUUGUCACCGGCGCAGGGCGCGGAAUCGGAAAGGCCAUCGCAGUUGCAUUCGCGCUCGCGGGUGCUUCCAACAUCGUUCUUACCGCCCGUUCGCAAUCUGAGCUGGAGUCUGCUCGCGAUGACAUCCUCUCAGCGCCCCAGCUUAGUGCGCCUCCCAAGGUCCUCGUCCAGGUAACGGACGUCACCUCCGAGGACUCCGUUAAAGCGCUCUUCGAUGUGCUAGCAAGAGAGGGUGUCCACAUCGAUGUCCUCGUGAAUAAUGCUGGUUACCUGGAGAAGACUGUCCCGGUCCAUGCUGCUGAUCCCUCAGAAUGGUGGAAGACGUGGGAGGUCAAUAUCAAAGGGACGUUCCUCCCGACGCACUACCUCUUGAAGUCCGUGUUUACUACAAACACCACCGCGCCGACACCGAUAACCAUAAUCUGCACAUCGUCAGUAGGCGGUUUACGUACGCGCCCGGGCUUUAGUGGUUACCAGACCACCAAAACCGCAAUCAACCGCUUCGCCGAAUUCCUGCACGCCGAAUACGGAGAGAAGGGUGUGCGUGCGUUCGCGUACCAUCCAGGUGGCGUCUUGACCAAGCUGGCUGAGUAUGGCAUGCCCCCGGAGACACACAAUACCCUCCUGAUCGACAAGCCGGAGCUGGCGGGCGGUUUUUGCGUCUUUCUCACUGCUCCUGGGAAGUAUGUGGAUACAGAUGUCUUCAGGGGAAAGUAUAUCUCGUGCAGUUGGGACGUGGAGGACAUGGUCAGGGAGGGAAGAGAGGCUGCAGGUACAGAGGGUGAGGAUAGAUGGUUGACGAUGAAGCUGGUGCUUUGAGAGCAUAUGUCGAAUGGGUAUCUGUAUACGUGUCUUCACAUGAGAGCAAGGAAGCAUGGCACGAACUAUCUCUUGUCGUCAAGAUCGCACGGAUAUGAUAGACGCGCUCGCGCU